GCGGGCGACCCGGCUCCGGCCCGCAGUUCGAGCGGCGAGAGCGCUCGGAGCCGCGACGCGGUGUCGAGGGGAGCGAGUCGGCGCUUCAGUCUCCUUCCUCUCCCUUCCCCGCGUCUCGCAGCCUUGUCCUGCCCGCAGCCGGACCGGAACUAUGUGAUCCGGAAGUUCCGGUGCCAUUGCUGUGUGGGAUAAACAGUAAUGGCGGAGGCUGCAGCUCCCGGAACAACAGCCAAACCAUCAGGAGCAGGAGCGGCAGCGGCGGCGGUGGCAGCGGGCUCCCCCACCCCUAUCCCCACAGUCACCUCCCCGUCCGCGGGGGCGGGGGGCGGGGGAGGCGUCGGCGGCGGCUGGACUAAACAGGUCACCUGCAGGUACUUCAUGCACGGGGUUUGUAAGGAAGGAGACAACUGCCGCUACUCGCACGACCUCUCUGAGAAUCCCUACGGCGUCGUGUGCAAGUAUUUUCAGCGAGGGUGCUGUAUUUACGGAGACCGCUGCAGAUAUGAACAUAGCAAACCAUUGAAACACGAAGAAGCGACUGCUACAGAUCUAACUGCAAAAUCCUCCCUUGCUGCUUCCUCAAGCCUCUCAUCAGUAGUUGGACCGAUUGUUGAAAUGAAUACGGGCGAGGCUGAGUCAAGAAAUUCAAACUUUGCAACUGUAGGAGCAGGCUCAGAAGACUGGGUGAAUGCCAUUGAGUUUGUUCCUGGGCAGCCCUACUGUGGCCGUACUGCCCCUUCUUGCACUGAGGCGCCCCCACAGGGCUCAGUGACCAAGGAGGACGCGGAGAAGGAGCCGCCGGCCGCGGACACGGAGCAGCAGCUGUGCCCCUACGCAGCCGUUGGAGAGUGCCGCUACGGCGAGAACUGUGUGUACCUCCACGGGGACGCCUGUGACCUGUGUGGGCUGCAGGUCCUCCACCCCGUGGAUGCUGCCCAGAGGUCACAACACAUAAAAUCCUGCAUUGAGGCCCACGAGAAGGACAUGGAGCUCUCGUUCGCCGUCCAGCGCAGCAAGGACAAGGUGUGUGGGAUCUGCAUGGAGGUGGUCUACGAGAAGGCCAACCCCAGCGAGCGCCGCUUCGGGAUCCUCUCCAACUGCAACCACACCUACUGUCUCAAGUGUAUCCGCAAGUGGAGGAGUGCUAAGCAAUUUGAGAGCAAGAUCAUAAAGUCCUGCCCCGAAUGCCGGAUCACAUCUAACUUUGUCAUUCCAAGUGAGUACUGGGUGGAGGAGAAAGAAGAGAAGCAGAAACUCAUUCAGAAAUACAAGGAGGCAAUGAGCAACAAGGCGUGCAGGUAUUUUGAUGAAGGACGUGGGAGCUGCCCAUUUGGAGGGAACUGUUUUUACAAGCAUGCCUACCCCGAUGGCCGUAGAGAGGAGCCACAGAGACAGAAAGUGGGAACAUCAAGCAGAUACCGGGCCCAACGAAGGAACCACUUCUGGGAGCUCAUUGAGGAAAGAGAGAACAGCCACCCCUUUGACCACGAAGAAGAAGAGGUUGUCACCUUUGAGCUGGGCGAGAUGUUGCUUAUGCUUUUGGCUGCAGGUGGGGACGACGACCUGACAGACUCUGAGGACGAGUGGGACUUGUUUCAGGAUGAGCUGGAAGACUUUUAUGACUCGGAUCUAUAGCAGCAGUGCGCGCGGCGCGCGGCCCGGCCUGCCGGCCUCGGACGGGCUGCCCCAGCGGCGGGGCGGGCCCGCGGUCCUCGCCCGGCAGGCCGCGCCACUCCAGGUGCUGUCGCGAUAACUCUUCCCCGGGGCCUGUCUUCUCCGUCCCUCACCUUUCCCCAAGGAGUAUCUUGUUUUCUCUGGUUAAAAAAGUUACAAAAAUAAACCUUAAAGUUAGUUUUCUCGUAACACGAAUUUAACUGUCAGACAGUGUAGGUUUGUUGCAUCACCUGUUUCCGACCAGAUUCGCACAGUUGGAGGGUACUGUCUAUGGACUUGGCCACGUGCAUUUGGAGGACCCCGGGUUCAAAAGUCACGCCACUGGCCCUGCUUUGGCGUCCGAGAACAGGGGUGACGGGUGAAGGAUCUGGAUGUGGCAAGUAGCCUUCGACUACAGACUUGGCUACUUGAGGUUUCUGGUGAAAUCGGCGCAUCUCGGUUUUUAUAUCUGUUCCCUACCCCGCGGCCCCCGCCCCCGUGCACUUGUUCUGUGGUUUGGGUCUCUUGUUUAAUUGCACACAGUAAUAAACUACUGGGCAACCAUAAUCAGGUGUGAAUGUGUUUUGAGAUUUUUACUGUGUUUAUAGUAUGCCAGGAGAAUGGGUAAGAACACAUAUGAAAGAAAUGCGGGGCUGGAAGUUGGCUCCCAAGAGCCGGUGGACUGGGCACGUGCGAGAGCGAGCGUGUGGCAAGCUGCUCGGCCCUGCGUGGGUGCCGCGUUCUUGGUCUUCGUGGGAAGGCUUGCUUUAGUGGCUUCAGCCUAGAGUGGCAAAUGGACCUCACAGGCCAGGGCAGCGCGUUGGUGGCUGUGGGGAGAGCAGAGCUAGCGUUGUCCGGCUCUCUAAGAAAAUGGGCUCAGCCGAAGAGGUUCGCACUGCCUGGUUAUCCCAUCUAUUAACGCAAACUGGGUCUCAGAUACACAGUUGUACUUAAUGCUUAAGCCUUUCCACUGGGGGCACUUUUUGACAAACCUUUGCCUUCUUUUGAGGGGUUUCAUUGUGAAGUUUUUGGUUUCGUGGGUAUUUGCCUCGCUCCAUCCCUCUGCUCUGCAGGUAGACACAUGUGAUUCCAGACUCUGUUUUAGGUGUCUCUUGUAGUGGGGUCCCUGGUUUGCAGUAAUGAGUUACGCUUUUCCACUGGGGGGGUGGGGGGUGGGUAAUCCACGAGAUAAGCUAAAUUGUUAGGAUACCUUGAUUGGAAAAUGAAGCUUGCAUUUUGUUGCUCUGUUCCCUGAAAAUAACUUGGAGAUGCUUCUGAGUUGUCCCAUCAACUGCUUUGAUUCCUUGGAUCCCACUCGCUCUUUCACUUUAAGAAAAAAGUCAUUGUUACAGCUGUCUCUGAAUUUUACAGCUGCCGUUUUGUAAGAAGCACUUUUCCCAAAUAAAACAAUUUGAAA